AUGUCCUCGAUCGCAAAAACUGUAAUCGCGACCGGCACCUCGUCGGGCUUGGGAUUUGAAGCAAUCAAGCAGCUACUCCAACAGGCACAGCCAUACAGCUUCAUUCUAGGGGUUCGUGACACGGAAAAGACACGUGUCGCGUACGAUGAUCUCAAAUUCGAUGCUUCCAAGCACAGCGUCUCUAUCUUGCCCUUGGAUCUUUUAGAUCUAAAGAGCGUGCAGUCCUUUGCCAAGCAAGCCCUCUCUGAAUUGGGUCAAAGGCCGUUGAAUUAUCUUUUCCUUAUUGCGGGCUUCAUUAACAGCGCCGAGGGACCGGGACCCCAUGGCUCUCAAUGGUGUGAAUCCUACGUGGUCAAUCAUCUGGUCAUUGUAUCGUCGGGUGCAAUUCGUAAUGUGAGAGAAGGCGACCCGAGUACGUUUGUUUUCCUUAUUUCCAGUCCUGUCGCCAAAAGCGAAGUUGUUCACAAUCCUGACUUAAUGCAAGGGACUCUUGACAUCGAUCUAAAGGCGAACUCCGGUGCGAAUGCAAGAGUAGUGUACAGUGCAUCGAAAUUCACCCAGCUUCUGGGUGCACACUACUGGCGUCGCAGCCUCCCAGAUUGCACAGUCGUGGCUGUCUCACCAGGUCUCAUCCCCGACACUAAGCUUGCCCAGCAUUCGAGCUUAGGUUUAACCAUGGAUAUGCCCGAUGCCAAGACCGUGCCAGAGGGCGCCCAAAAUAUCCUUCGCGCGGUCACGGCCGAUGAUCUCCCCGCUGAUCCGGAACAGAUUUUCUUGACUAGCUGGGGUGAAUGGUGGCCCAAGGAUGUCUAUGCCUCGAGCCUUGAUCCUGCGUUGCAAGAUAAAUGGUGUUUGAGCAAGGAGGACAUCGAAAAGUCCGAGUCUGUGUUCAAUCGGUAG